AUGUCCGCAUACGGUCAACAGUUAAAGGUUCUUGCAGAUCAAUUGGCUUAUAUCGGGUCUCCGGUUCAUAAUGAACGGUUAGUCCUGCAACUACUCUCCAGACUUAAUGAACAAUACGAAGGAAUCGCUACCACCAUCCAACAACAAGAUUCCCUACCAACGUUUUAUGAUGCUCGUUCCAAGCUGAUCAUGGUUGAAAGUUGCAAGGCCGAGCAAGCGUUUCACACGGCUCAAGACGUAGGUACUACACUUAAUGCUAAUGUCUCUCGUCCUCCACAAAAUGCACAUGCUUCUAAUGAUUAUCGGAAUGAUAGGUAA